CAACGGUUUUUAACCGGGAGAGGGGGCUACACGGUUUUGAUCGUUUUGUGGCAAGACAGCGCGGGUUAUUAGAACGCCUCUUCUACCGUUAAAAUAUGAGCAUUUUAGCGUCGAGGUAGUGACGCACUCUAUACGCUGUUUUUUUUUUUUUUUCAGAUGAGCCCUACGGCUGUCUUCUAAUUUCCAAAGAGCCAAACGUUUAAUUUUUUCCCUUUACCCAUCGGCAUUGACUGCGCAUGGGCGGCAAAUAUACGUGCUUCUGUCACGAAACAGACGCUAGUGCUCCAGAGGCGCCCAAACAGCCAUGGCUGAAGAAAGUAACAGUGGACACACGCCUCCUGCGUUUAACUUCGACGACGAAGCAAUGCCGAGCACAAGCCAGGAAUUCUUCGAAGGCGCUUCGGGCACUCCAGACUGUAGCACUACGAUUUGCGAUGACUCCUUCGAAGACCUGUGGAACGCGAUGAACAGCCACAACGAUCCCACGGACGUCACUGGCCAUACACAUCUCACUGAAAGCGGAAUCGCCAGUGCCCAACCUGUGGAGUUCAGGAGCAGCGUUGAACAUGCACAGACCAGUACAAGCCGCGCAGGCAUGGGGGAAGCAUCGGUCAUUCCGGGAAACAUUGCUAGCAUUUCUGGCGAUGCCUGGCGUUACCAGUGGAACACUCAGCAAAGGCCAAUAACCGACGGUACUUACAACGUCGACGAAUUCCUGAGACAACCCAUGUUGACGAAGCGAACACGCAAUACCACCUGGCUGAUAGCACAUCCGCCGACUGCGGUAGACGGCCGCAGUGCUUCCUGCGCGUUCCUAUCACGGAAUCCUCCAGCCUCGUUGUGGCACUAUGUCAAAUCGGCACCUCUGCUUUCAAGGCAUACGCACAACACAGAAACCGGGAGCACUUCUUUCACACAUCUGGUCUAUAGCAGCAGCCCAGUCGCCAGUACAAGCUACGCCCACAUGGAGGAACGAUCGAAGAUUUUUGGAAACGACGCCUGGAACGCUACUGGAACUGGAGGAAGAGAAGGGCGAGAAUUCUGCGAUUUCUCUGGCAAUGUUUCGAGCAAACAGGAUGCCUCACAUGGGCAUGCCGACGGAGACACGGGCGAUGCCGCCCACAUUUUCAAAGCAUCCCAACUAACGUCUGUAAAGAAUUCGAAGUUCGUAAAACACUGCCGUAACACAACAGGCAAACAACACAAGUGCGAAACGUGUGGCAAAUCAUUCGGCCAGGCUCGUAAUCUGACUUUACAUAGCCGCACUCAUACAGGCGAGAAACCCCACAAAUGCGAUAUUUGUAAUAAGGCGUUCACCCAGUCUAGUGAUCUAAAUAAACAUAGGCGCACGCAUACAGGUGAGAAACCUUACAAAUGCGAUAUUUGUAAUAAAGCGUUCACCCAGUCUAGUCAUCUAAAUAAACAUAAGCGCACGCAUACAGCCGAGAAACCCCAAUAAUGCGAUAUUUGUAAUAGUGUUCCGCCAGUCUUCUCAUCUAAAUGACCAUAAGCCCACACAUACAUGCGAGAAACCGUACACUUGCGAAGCAUGUGGUAAAUCACUCGUGCGGAUGACGGAUGUCUGUAGGCACCAGUA